UGAAAUAGUAGGAAGGCCAAUGUCAUUAACAUGGUUUGAAGGUUAUAAUGCAUGUAUAUUUGCAUAUGGUUAAACUGGAGCCGGGAAAACAUAUACAAUGCUUGGUUAAAAUUAUUAGAAUUUAAAUAUCGAGAAUGAAAGUAGAGGUUUAUAGCCUCGUGUAUUUGAGUAUAUAUUUAAUAUAUUGGAAUAGUUGAAAACAUCCAAUUUAUAGAAUGAAUAUAUUAUUACUUGUAAUUAUUUUGAAAUAUAUAACGAAUAAAUUAUAGAUUUAUUAGCUGAUUAAUAAAAAAUUAAUACAAAUGCAAGACUUUAAAUAAGAGAAGAUAUCUCAAAAGGUGUUUAUGUCGAUAAUUUAUCUGAAGAACAAAAUUCCAAAUUACAUUUCGUUGAUUUAGCUGGCUCAGAAAGAUAGAAAUCAACAGGAGCAGUUGGUGAAAGAUUAAAAGAAGCUUCAAAUAUAAAUAAAUCAUUAACUGUUUUAGGAUAAGUAAUUAAUGCUCUAGUAGAAAAUUCUAAUGGUAGAACAAGACAUGUCCCUUAUAGAGAUAUGAAGCCAGUAGUUAAUUUUAAGAAACUUUGUCAACUUUGA